GUGUGAAGGUAUUUUGCUGAUUGCACGGAAAGGGAACGCUACAGCAACCAAUAGCGUGUGCUCGCUCGUCUUUUUUUUUAAUCUCCUGAAAAUCCACCCACCUCAGAAAUCUGGCAGAAAUGUUACCAUCAGCUUUUCCCGGUGAGAGCAUGCCCCUCUGAACAACGUAUGUCUUUAAGAGCAUCUACGGGGGAGUGUCUCCGUUAUUUCAUCACUAGCAAGACUGGCUCGGGGCUAGCGCACACAAACCACUGGAACUAAACCUUUGGGAGACGACGCACUAUUGGAGCUAUUUUCUACCAACCAAGGAUAUAGCGCGACUUGGAUAAGCCUCGUGUUAUGCGUGAAGAUGGAUUCGCGGAGUGUGUCCUGGCUGUAUGCAUUUAGUGUGACGAUGCUGUCCGCUUUAGGUUCCGCACUGGCAGCCAACAACUAUUACUGCAACGGCCCACUGGUGGCGGCCUUGCCUCCGACGUCGUUUGAGAGCUCCUCAACAUCCUCCAGCAGCCAGUCCUCUUAUUUUGCCAAACUCAACAGACGAGAUGGAGGAGGCGGCUGGUCCCCACGGGCCACAGACGGUCAGUCCUGGCUCCAGGUGGACCUGCGCGAGCGUGUGGAGGUGACUGCUGUGGCCACCCAGGGUCGCUAUGGCAGCUCCGACUGGGUGACCGGCUACACACUGCUCUUCAGCGACACGGCGCGCGCCUGGAGGCUCUACCGUCAGGAGGACAACGUUGCGACAUUUCCCGGGAACACCGACACAGAAGGGGUGGUCCAUCACAAGCUCAGCCAUCCAAUCAGGACUCGCUUCCUGCGUUUCGUCCCACUGGAUUGGAGCCCUGCAGGAUGGGUGGGGCUCCGGGUGGAGGUUUACGGCUGUGCAUACAAGUCCGACGUGGCAGAUUUUGAUGGGCGGAGCUCGUUGCUCUACCGGUUCAAUCAGAAGUCCAUGAGCACGGUGAAGGAUGUCAUCUCGCUCAAGUUCAAGAGCCAGCGAGCGGACGGCGUGCUGGUCCACGGGGAGGGUCAGCGGGGGGACUUCAUCACGCUGGAGCUGCACAGAGGCAUGCUGGCCCUGCACCUCAACUUGGAUGAUGCCAAGCUCCAUCCCAGUAGCGGUCACGUCUCGAUGACCGUGGGGAGUCUCCUGGACGACCAGCACUGGCACUCGGUUCUGAUAGAGCGGUUCAACAAGCAGAUCAACGUCACGGUCGACCGGCAGACCCGCCACGUCCGCAGCAGAGGAGUGGCCGACUCCCUGGAGGUGGACUACGAGCUCAGCUUUGGAGGAAUCCCCCUGCCUGGCAAACCUGGGACGUUCCUGAGGAAGAAUUUCCACGGCUGCAUCGAGAACCUCUAUUACAACGGAGUCAACAUCAUUGACCUGGCGAAGCGUCGCAAGCCCCAGAUCUACAGCGUGGGCAACGUGACCUUUACGUGCUCGGAGUCGCAGCUGGUUUCCAGCACCUUCCUGAGCUCGAGCGGCAGCUUCCUGCAGCUGCCUCUGGAGCCGCUGACCGAGGGGCUGUCCGUGCGCUUCCAGAUCCGCACGUGGAACCGCGAGGCCCUGCUACUGUCCGCUCCGCUGGCGCGGGCGCCCGAACGCCUGGUGCUGCUGCUCUCCGCCGGACAGCUGCGCCUCACGCACCACCGCUCGCCCCUGCAGAGGUCCGACAUCGCCAUAGGCCAGAGUCUGAGUGACGGCCAGUGGCACACCAUCAGUAUCAGCAUGAGAGGACUGCAGGUGUCCCUCACGCUGGACAGCGACCCCGCCUCCACCAUGGAGCUCCGAGACCCCGCCCAGCCAGGGAGCAGCAUCCUGUUUGGAGGUUGCCCACCUGCCUCUACCAGGGACAACUGCAGGAACCCAACCAUGGCCUUUCAAGGCUGCAUGCGAUCAAUUACCAUCAACAACCUGCUGGUAAACAUGCUUCACGUGCAGCAAGGCCUUGUGGGUAAUCACAGCCAGCUUCAGUUCGACUUCUGCGGAAUCCGUGACAGGUGUCUGCCUAACUUCUGUGAACACGACGGUCAGUGCUCCCAGUCCUGGAGCACGUUCUACUGCGACUGCUCUGGAACAGGAUACACUGGUGCCACAUGUCACAACUCGAUCUUCGAGCCAUCGUGUGAGGCGCACAGGCAAACCGGCAGUGCUUCGGGCUAUUUCUCCAUCGAUCCGGACGGCAGCGGUCCACUCAAGUCCACCCUGGUGUACUGCAACAUGACCGAGGAUCGCGUGUGGACGGUGGUGGACCACAGCAGCAGUCGGCCGGUGAGCGUGCACGGCUCGACCCUGCAGCGCCCGCACGUGUCGCGCCUCAACUACAGCGCCUCGGCCGAGCAGCUCCGCAUCCUGGUGGGACGCUCCGAGCACUGCCAACAGGAAGUGAGCUACCGCUGCAGGAAGUCCCGCCUCUUCAACACCUGGGACGGGACACCCUUGGCGUGGUGGCUGGACCAGGCUGGGGAGAAGCGCACCUACUGGGGGGGUUUCUUGCCUGGGGUCCAGCAGUGCUCCUGCAGUCUGGACGAGAACUGCAUCGACAUGAACUUCUUCUGCAACUGUGACGCUGACAGGCAGUCAUGGGAGAAUGACACAGGGAUGUUAUCUUACAAAGAUCACUUACCGAUGACAGAGAUUGUGGUUGGCGACACGAACAGGACCGGCUCAGAAGCCAUCUACAUGGUCGGCUCACUGCAGUGUUACGGCGACAGGUUCCUCUGGAACGCAGCCUCCUUCUACCAGGAGUCGUCCUACCUGCACUUCCCCACCCUGCAGGCCGAGCUCAGCACGGACCUGGCCUUCUACUUCAAGACCACGGCGCCGUCCGGCGUGUUCCUGGAGAACCAGGGUGCCCGCGACUUCAUCCGGCUGGAGCUAAGCACCUCCUCCGCCGUGACGUUCACCUUCGACGUGGGCAACGGGCCCGUGGUGCUGACGGUCAAGUCCCCCCUGCCGCUCAACGACAAGCAGUGGCACUACGUGCGCGCCGAGCGCAACACCAAGGAGGCCUCGCUCCAGGUGGACCAGCUGCCCUUACGCUUCCUGGAGGCGCCCGCCGACGGACACUACCGCCUGCAGCUCAGCGGACAGCUGUUCGUGGGUGGAACGACGUCCAGGCAGCGUGGCUUCCUGGGCUGUAUCCGAGCGCUGAGCAUGAACGGCCUGACCCUUGACCUUGAGGAGCGGGCCAAGAUGACCCCUGGCGUGAGCUCAGGAUGUCCCGGCCACUGCAGCAGCAACAACAACCUCUGCCACAACCGGGGCAAGUGCGUGGAAAAGAGCAGUGGCUAUGAGUGCGACUGUACACACUCCGCGUACGGAGGACCCCACUGCAAAACAGAAGUUUCCAUGUCGUUUGAGAGUGGCUCGUCAGUGACCUACACAUUCCAGGAGCCUUUCUCCGUUGUGCGCAACAAGAGCCGUCAGUCGUCGGCCAUCUUUGCCCAGAGCAGCAAGUCGCGGGAGAACGUGGCCUUCGGUUUCCUCACCAGCCAGGCUCCGGCCAUGCUGCUCACUGUCAGCACCUACCACCAGCAGUACAUGGCCGCCAUCUUGGCUCCAAACGGGAGCCUGCAGAUCUGGUACCGGCUCAGCCGUGAUAAGAGGCCGGAUGUGUUCAUGCCCCGGCCAUACAGUCUGGCCGAUGGUCAGUUGCACAGGGUCCAGAUCCAUAGAGAGGGAAAGGACAUGUACAUAAAGAUUGACAGGGACAUCAACCAGAAAUACAGCUUAUCAUCUGACAAGGAACUGAACACAAUACGCUCCUUAACCCUUGGGAAAGUUACAGGGCGCGUGGGCAUGGACGAGGAGGUCAUCCAGGCGGGAUCCAAAGGUUUCAUUGGCUGCUUGUCAUCGGUCCAGUUCAAUCACCUGGCUCCUCUAAAAGCAGCGCUGCUGAAUCGAGGCAGCUCAUUGGUCAGUGUGCUGGGGAACCCGUCAGAGUCUAACUGUGGGAUACUGGCAGAUAAAACAUCAUCGCGCUCACAAGCAGAUCACUCAGAGGAAGACGGCAACGGCAAAGAGAGGCUCAAAAACGCCGAGCAGAGUGACUCAGCAGUAAUUGGAGGUCUGAUAGCCGCGGUGGUACUGGUCACCCUGUGUGUGGUGGCGGUGAUGACCCGGUUCCUGUACCGGCAUCGGCACGAGCGGGCCCAGCCCAUGGCGCCGGUCAAAGAGAAGGAGCAGCAGCAGCAGCAGCACGUCCUCCCCCCGCCCCUGGAGUCCAGUCGCCGUUGCGUCGCCGCCGACCUGGACCUGCACCUGCACAGCGCCAUCAGCGUCCGUGACACCAGGAAGGAGUACUUCAUAUGACCCCCUCCCCGCCCCGCCUCCUCCACCAAUCCCCUCGCCCCGAUCCGCUGACCGGUGCAGUCCCCCUCUAUCUGAGUCUCUUCAGGGGCGGACGAGAGAGGACCACUACGUCUGUGUGUGGCUAUGCAGAUGUUGUCUUGUGCUCCACCUCCCCAUGUUAUGCCACCCCCUUACCUGCCCCUUACCUCCCCCCCCCCCACACCCCUCCAGAACUGUGGGCCCCCUCCCCCCACCUGAUGUGUUGUCGUAGGGUAACCAGAGCUGUGGGAUUGUCCACACCAGUGUGUGUGUGUUUGUGGGGUGGAGGUUCUCGGAAGGUUUCAGAGCCUGCGUCGGGUCUUUCCAAGGAGAUCCCCCUUUCCUGACUUGCUUCAGUGACUACGAGGCUGCGUAAUGUGUGUGUGCUCGUGGCAAUGCCAGCCCAUAUCUGCUGGCAUAAGAGUUUCCAUGACAUUGAAAACAAACAGAUGCUUAGGAGCGGUACUGAAUGAGCAGACACAUUAGAAUGAGGCAGUGAAGGGGGCGAACGCUGCACAGCCCAGAAGAGGGGCUGACCAGACUGAGCAGGAGGGGGGAGGACUCGGCACUGCAUCAGCACGAGCACAGGACGGACCAGGAGGCCCGCAAGCGCUAGACUCAUCAGUAAAAAAACAUCACUGGACACACAGAGAUUUUGGCGAGCCAGCCAGUCUACCCCCCCCCCCCCCCCCCCCCCCUGGACCACUUCUUGGCCAGAUGGUGCCGGACAGUCCCAGCGGUGGGCAUGCGUUUUUCUUUUUUUUUUUCUUUUCUUUUUUUUUGUCGGAGUGAGUGUGCCAACUGGCGAGAGUGAACCAGACAGAGCUACACUUCACUCCUCCAUCCCCACUCCCCCUCUCCCUUUCUCCCUCUCUCCGCUCUGUCCCUUUCUUGCGCGCGCAUGGUGGCGGCGGUGGCAGUGGUUGGGGUCUGUCCCUCCCUCCAUCUCUCGCGCACGGCGGCAGUGGUGGGGUCUGCUUGUAGUGCCCUGCUGCUCCUGGGCGGUCUUUAUGAGCUGAUGUUGCCUUACCCAGUGGUGCACUUGUGCCCAUGCAAUCAAACUCACAGUGUUCUCAAGCCUGCACUCGGGGUGCACUUGGCACGGGGGUGUAACGGCCGACCCUCGCCAGUUACCGAGACAAAUAAUCGCCCUGGUACCGCCCUGUGUUUGUGUGUGUGUAUGUGUACGUGUGUGAGUGUGUAUGUGUGUUUGUGUGUGUGUAUGUGUGUGUGUGUGUGUGUGUGUUGCACAGAUGCAAACACACAAGCUUUUAGGACCAGGGGGGCCAGUGGCAGAGUCCAUCGUAUACUGCUCAUGCAACUUUAAUCCCCAUCAAACGCCUGCUGGCACACAAAGCCACUAAGCAGAAUUUCACAGUCAAAUAUUUGCUGAAUCGGGAUGAACAAGAAAGGUUUUGGCUUAUGAACAAGGGUCCGUCUACGAGUGGGCAUGCUCUGGCCGAGGUAUGUGUGUGUGUGCCUGUGUGUGUGUGUGUGUGUGUGUGUGUGUGUG